CACCAAUGCCUCGGCAAGUCGGAGACUGGGAGUCUCUCCGCCCACGAUGCGUGAAGAGCGGAAGCGAUGGUGGUGACCUCGGGAACGCCUGAGGUUACGGGCGUGGGCAUGGGCGUACCGGGAUGAGCAGCGCCGCCCCCCGAUGACGGGCGUGGGCGUCGGGCGCAGCUCAGGGGCGGCGCUGGUGGUGUUGCUCACCCUCCUGGUGGGGGGCGUGGCGCGCGCUGCCUGCCCCCACGCCUGCGUCUGUAAGUGGAAGGGUGGAAAGCAGACGGUGGAGUGUGUGAACAAGGGUCUGAACACCAUACCUCCGGGCAUCGACCAUGGUACUCAAGUACUCGACAUCACUGGCAACUCUCUAGUUAUACUCUCCCAUGAGAAGUUUAAGGUGAUGGGUUUGACCAACCUGCAGCGGAUAUAUGUGUCACGGUGCAAACUGGUUCAGCUAGACGACGCCGCCUUCCGAGGCCUCACCAACCUUGUGGAGUUGGAUCUGAGCAACAACGAGUUGACGCUGGUUCCUGCAGCAGCCCUGGAACACCUACCGGGCCUCAUGCGCCUUCAGAUGUCCAACAACCCCAUUACAAAGAUAAAAAAUGGGGCCUUCAGAGGCCUUAAGUACCUCACCACGCUGGAGAUGACCUCGUGUCUUAUACAGACACUGGAGCCCAGAGCCUUCCAGGGACUGGAUCAACUAGAGUGGCUCAAGUUGGAUUCAAACCAGCUCAAGUCUGUUCCACAUAAGAUGAUGCUUCCUAAGUCACUCCAUGGUAUCGACCUUCACAACAAUCCCUGGAACUGCGAUUGUCACUUACAGGAGUUGCGGACGUGGCUGGUCAAGUACAAUGUCCCCUCUUCUAUCGAGCCUAAGUGUUCGACGCCUGUGCGGCUUGAAGGACAGGUCAUCAAAAAUGUCCUUCCAGAUGAUUUUGCUUGCCCACCAGAGGUGAGACCAACUUCUCUUUACCUUGACGUUUUGGAGGGUAAGAACGUGUCUUUUGAGUGUCACGUGACGGCAGAACCGAGUGCUCGCAUAUACUGGAGAUUUAAUGAGCAGUCACUAGAAAACAGCUCUUUUGUGUACGAUGAGAGUUCCUCAUUCUAUAUCUUCGAGGAGAGUGGACCAAAUGAAGAGAGAAUCAGUCACCUGCGGAUAGAAUGGGUGACGAAUGCUCAUGCUGGAUUAUUCCAGUGUUUAGCAGAGAACCAGGCUGGCUUGGUCAUCGCGAAUUUUACACUGCGGAUCAGUCAGCCGGUGAUUGAGAGAGAGCCAGAAAAUUUUGUAAUGGACCACAUCGUAUACAUUGGUGUUGCUCUGAUGUCUCUGGUAGUGCUAGUAUUCAUUCUGCUGUGUGUGCUCAUCUUCCGCUGCUGCCGGCGGCGAUCUACAGCCCAGGAAAAGGUCAUGGGGUCGCCUAGUUCCUCAGGCAAUGGGAGAACUAAAGAAGCACCCAUGCCAUCCACGAACAACAUGCCCAAGUACAUACAGAUGGGAACACCAGCGCCAAAAGUGAACGGCAUCUCUUCUGAGCCACCACCAAUAUCUGUGAUUGACACAUCACCUUAUCGCUCAGAACCCACGGGGGCUCAACAAACCAACCCAGACCUCAUAUCUGAUGCUGCUGAGGAACGCGGAAAACUGGGUAAGAAAAGAGUCAGUAUUCUCGGAGUGGAGGAAGUGGAUGCAUGUGGCACAAGAAUCACAAGGAAACUGGACGAUAUCAUGGAGGAGUAUGAAGAGGGCUAUGACCCCACCUACGACCACCUGCAGUCUCAAGUCGACCAGGAGUGCCGCUCGAAUCGAAGUAAUCCAUACUCAACUUUACCUCGACGGAGAGACGUGGAGGUGGCCAACCCUUACCCCCUAACAGAGAUCCCUCCUCCAGAGGAAAUAAAUGAAGGAUCUCGCUUUUAUGACCGAGAGGGCUUCCCUAUAGACUAUGGCUUGCCUCGUGAAGGUAACAGCACGUGGAAAGAAAGCAGUGGAGCAGGAGCAGGGCUCUCAUCUAGUUACAACCCACUCCCAUCAGAAGAGAUUCCUCUCUAUGCAACAGUCAGGCGCAACAGACACAGCUUGGCUGGGCGAACAGACCUCAUGCAUGACCAAAAGUACCCAGAGGAUUACCGUCUCCACAGUCAUGACCAGCAUUUCCACCCCCCUGAUGGUCGCUACUCUCAGGCCUAUGGCCUUUCACCAGACAAAUUCAAUGUUAUCAACAAUGGCUCAUGUGAGUUCUGCCCACCCCCACCACCCCCACAUCCAGACUUCCAGGGAGACCCAAGCGGCCGAAUCGGAGGUGAUGGUUGCAGCUUCGACAACCUCUUGUCAUCAUGUGGGGGUGGCAGCCAGUGCUGUUAUGCUGAGCAAGGUGGUAGAGUCUAUGACAACUCCCUCCCGGAGAACUACAGACCCCUUGAUCCUGAGCCACCUCCACCUGAGGGCUGGGGCGACCAAGAUGAGGAGACACUGAACAUGAGCACCUGGUGUGAGCAUCCGGAGUCCCCAGGAACACGGGUUCUAUACUCUCCUGACGAGGCCUACGACGACCAGCAGCAACCACAGGGUACUCAGGUGUAAGCAGUGCACACAAAACAAAAUUAUCGACAGAACUUCCACCUCCCUACCAUUUCUUUUGUUCUGUUUCCUGUUAUGAAGAUUUGAGUACUGAAGUGGCUUCGUAAUGUGACUGGAAGCAAGAGUGCAGCCACAUUAUACAGCUGCAAGAUGGAGUAUGAUUGCCAUUUCAUGAGACUGCAAGAAAAUAAUGUAUGGCAGCCAUAUCAUGCAACUGUAAGGAAAGGGAGUGUGAAGGUCUAAAAAUAAUGACCAAAUGUGUCAGCUGAUCUUGUCAGCUGAUCUUGUUGACUGUUCAUGGGACCAUGAUCUGAGGUUCAUGGAGAAGUGUACCUUCCAAACAAUUGGGACGUGUGAUUCACAGGGUUUGUAAUAUUACUGUAGGAUAAACACGUUUGUACAGCACUGACACCAAAGAUAAAUAAAAACUUACCAAAGUUGAGUUGUG